AUGGUGUGCCCCCUGGGGCUGGGGACUGCGAUGUCCCCCCAGGGUGGGUGGACUGGGGGCUGCGGUAGCACCCAGGGGCUGCAUUGUGUACCCUGUGGCGUUGGGCUGGAGGCUUCAGUGUCCCCUGGGGCUGUGGUGUUCCUUGGGGCAGUGGGCUGCCAUGUCCCUUGGGAGUUGGGGUGGAGGCCCUGGUGUGUCCCCUGGGCUGCGGUGGUUGCUUUGUGCUGGUUAUGGUGGUGCAAGGCAUUCAGGACUCUGGGAACACAGCAACCCAGAGCUCCCCAUUCCCUGGAUUGCUGCAGAAUGAGAGUGCUGAAGGCAGGAGUGGCGCAGGCUCCUUGCUGUUUCAUCCUCAUCGUUUGUUUUCUCCCUUGUUUGAAACUGCUCAAGACACCAGAGCUGUUUGUGAAGGCCACAUUGUGCCGGCUCUUCCUGGUGUUUUGCCACUAAAAGAGUCCCCUUGGGCCUCCCUUAACAGAAACCUUGGUUUGUGUUUGCAGGGGCUUAGUGCUGUCAGCAAUGGCAAAGCCUCAGAGCAAGGAUUCAGGGCUGAAGGAGAAGUUCAAGAAUCUGCUGGGGCUGGGAACAUCCCGGGGAAGUUCAAAGUCAUCAGAGGGCAAGCAAACAGAGUUUAUCAUCACUGCAGAAAUACUCAAGGAGCUGAGUGUGGAGUGUGGAUUAAGUAACAGGAUCCGAGCCAUUGGUCAGAUUUGCGAAGUGGCAAAAACUAAAAAAAUUGAAGAGCAUGCAGUGGAAGCAAUAUGGAAAGUGGUUGUGGAUAUGCUCCAGCCAGAGCGCCCAGUCGAAGCCAGACACGCCGUCCUUCAUCUGCUGAAGUCGAUUGUGCAAGGACAGGGUGAGAGAUUAGGGAUCCUCAGAGCACACUUUUUUAAGGUUAUUAAGGACUAUCCCUCCAAUGAAGACUUGCAUGAACGACUUGAAGUGUUCAAGGCUCUAACAGAGAACGGACGGUAUAUCACCUACUUAGAAGAAGAAUUAGCUGACUUUGUGCUGCAGUGGAUGGAUGUUGGUUUGUCUUCUGAGUUCCUUCUGGUGUUAGUGAACCUGGUGAAAUUCAAUAGCUGCUAUCUGGAAGACUACGUAGCUGAAAUGGUCCACAAGAUAUGCCUCUUGUGCAUUCAGACUUCAUCAUCUGUGGACAUCGAGAUUUCCUUGCAAGUCCUCGAUGCAGUUGUUUGCUAUAAUUGCCUGCCAUCAGAGAACCUACCAGUAUUCAUCAUCACUUUGUGCCGUACUAUCAACGUGAAGGAGCUCUGCGAGCCGUGCUGGAAGCUUAUGCGCAACCUUUUGGGAACUCAUUUGGGACACAGUGCCAUCUACAACAUGUGCAGGAUCAUGGAGGACAGAACCUACAUGGCAGAUGCAGCGCUGCUGAGAGGAGCCGUGUUCUUUGUUGGGAUGGCGUUGUGGGGUGCUCAUCGCCUCAAUUCACUCAAGAAUUCUCCAACCUCAGUGCUGCCUUCGUUCCUCAAGGCCAUGACGUGUCCCAAUGCGGUUGUGUCUUAUGAGAUCGUUCUGUCCAUAACACGUCUGAUAAAGAAGUACGGAAAGGAGCUGCAAGCGGUGACAUGGGAUAUCCUAUUGGACAUCAUGGAGCGGCUACUGCAGCAGCUGCAGUGUCUAGAGAGCCAAGAACUGAAGUCCAUUGUACAUGAUCUUUUGACUACAGUAGAAGAGCUUUGUGACCAGAACGAUUUCCAUGGUUCUGAAGAGAGAUUUUUUGAGCUGGUGGAAAGAUGUGCUGAUCAGAGACCAGAAUCUUCUGUAUUAAACCUGAUAACAUACCGAGCUCAGUCCAUUCACCCUGCCAAAGAUGGCUGGAUUCACAACCUGCAGACGUUGAUGGAGAGAUUCUUCAGAAAUGAAAGUCGCAGUGCUGUUCGUAUUAAAGUCCUGGAUGUCUUGUCCUUUGUCCUGAGUAUUAACAGACAGUUCUAUGAGGAAGAGCUGAUAAACUUGGUUGUGAUCUCUCAGCUUGCUCACACUCCAGAGGAUAAAGACCAUCAGGUCCGAAAACUUGCCACUCAGCUACUCGUAGACCUGGCUGAAGGCUGCAACACCCAUCACUUCAACAGCUUGCUUGAUAUCAUAGAGAAGGUGGCUGCACAUUCUCUCUCAUCUCCUUCUGAACUGGAAGAGAGGGACUUGCUAUCGUAUUCAGCUUCUUUGGAGGAUGUCAAGACAGCAGUUCUUGGACUCCUGAUAAUUCUUCAGACAAAACUCUACAGCUUGCCCUCCAGCCAUGCCAUGCGGGUGUACGAGAUGCUGAUUCACCAUGUCCAGCGCCAUUAUAACUACACAUACAGCCUUCCAGUUGCUACCAGCAUCAGGCUGCAGGUAUUUGAUUUCCUGCUGAUGCUUCGAGCUGACUCUCUCCACCGUCUUGGCCUUUCUAACAAGGAUGGAGCAGUAAGGUUCAGCCCUUACUGUCUGUGUGAUUUUGUAGAAGCAGAGAAGAGGCCUUCUGAGAAAAAGCCUGCAGGUACACUCUCUCCGCCAUUGGGAAGCCCCGGUGUGCCUUCCCAGAACACCGCCAUUCGCAUUGGGCAUCUGCCGUACUCAAUGGUCUUCAGUGUCCUUCUCCAGUGUUUGAAGCAAGAGACAGACUGGAAGGUGUUGAAGUUGGUCCUCAAUAAAUUACCUGAAUCCCUCCGCUAUAAAGUGCUUUUUUUAACCUCUCCAUGCAACAUCGACUCCCUGGCCUCUGCGCUGAGCUACAUGCUCACAGACAAGAAGACUACAGACAGGCUCCACGGUACUCCAGAAGGUUUUUCUCGUACUGAUCUGCAUCUGGCUGUAGUCCCGGUACUGACGGCAUUGAUAUCUUACCAUAAUUACCUGGACAAAGCUAAACAGCGUGAAAUAGUGUAUUGCCUCGAACACGGGCUCAUUUAUCGCUGUGCAAACCAGUGCGUUGUAGCGCUCUCCGUCUGUAGUGUUGAGAUGCCCGACAUCAUCAUAAAGGCGCUUCCUGUCCUAAUAGUCAAAUUAACCCACAUUUCCGCUACAGCCAAUAUGGCAAUUCCGCUCUUGGAAUUUCUUUCAACUCUAGCAAGGCUGCCUCACCUCUACCGCAACUUUGCAGCAGAGCAGUACGCCAGCGUCUUCGCCAUCUCCUUGCCAUACACAAACCCUUCCAAGUUUAACCAGUACAUCGUUUGCCUGGCCCAUCACGUGAUAGCAAUGUGGUUCAUCCGGUGUCGCCUUCCCUUCCGAAAGGACUUUGUCCCCUAUAUUACAAAGGGUUUGCGCUCGAAUGUCCUCCUUUCCUUUGAUGACACGCCCGAGAAGGACAGUUUCAGGGCUCGCAGCACAAGCCUGAAUGAGAGGCCAAAAAGUAGUUUAAGACUAGCCAAAAAUGCAAAGCAAGGCUUGAAUAACUCUCCUCCAGUGAAAGAGCUGAAAGAACCCUCUGCAGUUGAUGCCUUCCGAUCCCGCAGCAUCAGUGUGUCUGAACAUGUGGUCCGCAGCCGGAUACAAACAUCCAUCACCAGUUCCAGCCUGGGCUCUGCAGAUGAGAAUUCAAUGGCUCAGGCUGAUGACAACUUAAAAAACCUCCACCUGGAACUCACUGAGACCUGUCUGGACAUGAUGGCUCGAUACGUCUUCUCCAACUUCACUGCAGUGCCUAAAAGGUCUCCUGUGGGUGAGUUUCUGUUGGCUGGAGGAAGGACAAAGACGUGGCUGGUUGGUAACAAGCUGGUGACCAUCACUACAAGUGUUGGAACAGGGACAAGGUCCCUGCUUGGCCUGGACUCUGGAGAGCUCCAAGGCAGCACAGAAUCAAGCUCAGACUCUGUUUUGCAAGUGAGACAAACUAAAGAAGCUCCAGCAAAACUGGAAUCUCAAUCUGGGCAGCAGGUUUGCAGAAGCUCUCGUAACAGAGUCCGAUCUAUGUCCGGUGGUCAUGCCUUGCGUGUUGGUGCCUUAGACAGUUCAGCCUCCCACUUUCCCAGUAGCUCAGCUUCCCAAGGGACACAGAGUCCUCCUGCUCCUGCAUCUCGAUCAGAGAAGACUAAUUCUGCUCCACAGACGCCUCUGCAGAAAGAAAAAGCCAACUUAGCUGCAUACGUGCCUCUGCUGACCCAGGGAUGGGCUGAAAUCCUCGUGCGCAGACCCACAGGUAACACAAGCUGGCUGAUGAGUCUGGAGAACCCGCUCAGCCCGUUCUCCUCUGAUAUCAACAACAUGCCCCUGCAAGAGCUCUCCAACGCGCUCAUGGCUGCAGAGCGUUUCAAAGAACACCGAGAAACGGCUCUAUAUAAAUCCCUCUCUGUCCCCUCUUCCAGCUUGGCCACUGGGACAGCCAAACCAUCGCUCCUCCAGCGUUCCAACACAGUGGCCUCUUUCUCUUCCAUGUACCAGUCCAGUUGUCAAGGGAAGUUGCACAGGAGCAUAUCCUGGGCAGAAUCAGCCGUGGUGCUGGAGGAAGGCAGCCCUGUGGAGAUGGAGCUGAAGGAGACUGAGUCCCCAGUGGAGUCUCCGGAGAGCGAGGAUGUUGAGACUUCGUGUUCUGAACCACUCCUGAGUGAGGAGAGGUUUGGGAAACCCCAGGAGUCUUACAGCAGGUCCUCCUCAACCUCCAGCCAAGAUGAAAAAUCUCUGAAGUCAGAAGACCUGGUGGAAGGUGGAAUUCCCAUCGGGAGAGUCUUGCCAUCAGAGGACGGCCGAACGCUGGAGGAGCUUUCCUUCCAACCAUCCCAGCCGCUCAGCAAGUCAAGUUCUUCCCCUGAGCUACAGACACUGCAAGAGGUCCUCAAAGAUGCCAAUGGCAGAGAGGUAACAAGGAGGCUGAGCACAGAAGUGAAAUCAAAAUCCCAGUCUGGGAACCUGGAAGGGGAAGGAGUGGGCAGUUGGCUGGGCAAGGGCGAGGACUCCAGGGCACUGUCAUCAGGCGGGUUGGAUGGCACCGGUCCCGUCACCUCACCUCGCUCCCCCUCUGGGCACCGGCCACGAGGAUACACCAUCUCUGACUCAGCCCCAUCCAGGAGAGAAAAAAGGAUCGAGAGAGAUGCCUUCAAGAGCAGAACAGCAGCCUCCAAUGCUGAGAAAGUACCUGGAAUAAACCCGAGCUUUGUGUUUUUGCAGUUGUACCACUCCCCGUUCUUUGGCGAUGAGAACAACAAGCCCCUCUUGUUGCCAAAUGAGACAUUUGAAAGAUCGGUGCAGCUCCUGGACCAGAUUCCUUCUUACGACACACACAAGAUUGCGGUGCUCUACGUCGGGGAGGGCCAGAGCAACAAUGAAAUCGCUAUUCUGUCAAAUGAACAUGGAUCCUAUCGCUACACGGAGUUCCUGACGGGGCUGGGGAAGCUCAUUGAGCUCAAAGACUGUCAGCCAGAUAAGAUUUACCUUGGUGGACUGGAUGUAUGUGGGGAGGAUGGACAGUUCACCUACUGCUGGCAUGAUGACAUUAUGCAAGCCAUUUUCCAUAUUGCUACCCUGAUGCCCACAAAGGAUUUGGAUAAAUAUCGCUGCGAUAAGAAAAGGCAUCUUGGGAAUGACUUUGUCUCUAUUGUUUACAAUGAUUCUGGGGAAGACUUCAAACUAGGAACGAUAAAGGGUCAGUUCAAUUUUGUGCACAUUAUCAUCACACCACUUGACUAUGACUGUAACUUGGUAACGCUGCAGUGUCGGAAAGACAUGGAGGGUCUGGUGGACACGAGUGUCGCUAAGAUCAUCUCUGACAAGAACCUGCCAUUCGUAGCCCGUCAGAUGGCCCUGCACGCGAAUAUGGCUUCCCAGGUUCAUCAUAGUCGGUCGAACCCUACUGACACCUACCCCUCCAAAUGGAUCGCGAGGCUGCGUCACAUCAAGAGGUUGAGGCAUCGGCUACGUGAAGAAACCCAGUACCAGACUCCUGGCCUUCCCCUGCAGAUGCAUCCGUCUGCUCCAGCAAAGCCCCCUCCGCAGAUCCCUCAGGACCCUCCACCCACCUAUGAGACCGGGCAACGGAAGCGGCUGAUCUCCUCGGUGGACGACUUCACGGAGUUUGUGUAGAUCCCAGUGGGUCGGAGCGGCUGUGCUGGGAGGCAGCCAGAGCCUUUUGCCUGCGUGCUGACCCUGUUCAGACCAUGGACGAGGAGGAGCCGGGCUCGGCAGGCGCACUGUGGCUCUGCUGCUUGUGGACUUGGCUUGGCUGUUCCCCUCUCUCAGCCUGCCUCUCCUGUCUGAGGAGGACACUGUAGCCCCAGAAGAUUUGCCGAGAGGACCAACCCUCUGUGUUCUUUGUUUGGUUUGAACUGUUCCAAGGCUUCUGUCUCCGAUGGGAACAUUAUUGCAGACUCUUUCCUUAGGCUUCUUCGACACCGGUGUCUGGUGGGAGGAGACGCGAUAUGCACUUCAUCAUAGAGCUGGAAGGUGUGGGAAUUGUGAGGACUUUAUGGGGAAGGAAAUAGGAAACAUGGAAAAUCCAGUCCCUCUUUCUAAGCACUCUGGAAUCCCAGCUCCUCUCCAGGCCUCGAUGCCUCUGGGCACUUGAACUUGGACUCCCAGGCCUGGUCUGCUGCCAGCGCCAGCUGAGUUAAUUUGGCACCUCGAGUCACAUCCGCACGAGCUGCUUCAGCUGGUGACGAUUCAUCUCCGUUCUGAGGUGGCAGCAACCCCUUCCUCCUCCAGCAGGAACGGUGUUGCUGCCAGGAGGAAGGGAACAGGGAGACGGGUGCUGCUGAUCAGAGCAGUGGGAUGGCAGCAAACUGGGCCGCGAGGCUCAUGGUGAGCAGUCACUGAGCUGACAGCAAGGGUUGUGCCAGAGGUCAGGCCUGGCUGCAGCCACGCUAGGGAUAAUGCUUGUCCUUCUCCUUGCACCCGGUAAAUCCUUUUGGGAAAGACUGUUGAUGCCUCUGGGUGAGCUCUGCCUGCUGUGCUACAGCCUGGAGUCAGCCUCUCCUCCUGGGACUGUGGCAGCUGGAGCAGGGAACAGGGAGUGCUUUCAGCACAUGCCCACACAGGCAGAACAGGAUUUUGCAGCCCAUCUUGUGGUGAGAUGGUUGUCACACACUACACUUCUGAAUGGGGUGAAACCUUGUACGCUGGACUAUACUGUGAGUCCUUAACCUGCUUUGUCAGUGAAGGGGAAGCGUGGCUUUUGGUCACGGAUAAGGGCAGUGGGGAUGAAAGGUCAGUGCAGUCUGCACAGAAACUGUGAAGGGACAGGUGAGGGGCAGAAGUGAAGCUGCUGGCUUGUGUGGGGCUGUUUGGAAGCUAUAAGUGUGUGUUGUGGUGUGAGUGUUUGAGUUGUAAAGGAAAUAAAACUGGUAUGGUCAGUGGGUGCUGGUGGGGGAGGAUUUGAACCCUGUCAGUUCCUCCCUCCUUUCAGCUUGCCGUUUUCCCAUCCUCAUCCCUCCCCUUUCAAUAACCAACUGAUGGAAGGGUGUGAUGCCUGCUGUGACCCAUCCCUGCACAGGGGAGGCUCGAGCUGGUGCAGCUCCAGGCUGCGGUGGGGGCUCUGCCCGCAUUUCCCCCCGCCGGGAAGCCGGAGCGGCUUGUUGCCCCUUGUGGGUGCCUGGCUGGUGGUGGCUGGGCUGAGCAAGCCCUGGGUCGCACUUGGCCUUGGCUGGGGCUUCUUUCUGCUGAGCGCAGGCUCUGCUGUUCUGAUGGGGUUAAUGACAGCCCUGAGCUGGCCCUGUACAGGGCUGGUAUCGGCCCGUAAUUAAGAUUCCGGUCACAGCAACAGAGGAUGGCAACAAUGGCUCUGGCUCACGCUGCUUUCCCUGUGCCCGCGCUGGAGCAAGCGGAACCGAAUCACCACAGCCAGGUCGCAGCAGUCAUCUUUUAUUUGACCUUGUCAUUUUUUAGGAAACAUCCCCACAAUUAUAAAAUACAAUAGUUUUGUUUGCAGAGAAGUGCUGACCCGCCAGUAACGGUUGGCACGCUGGUCACAAUCGUCUGUUCUUCAUUAACAACAGCACUUCCAUUAAGUCCCUCCCUUUCCCUUUCACCCUAGCGGAUGGGGGUUUUAUUUAAGCAGCUCGAUUGUGUUGCAUCUUUGUGAGACUGAAGACAAUAAAUAAGAAACCAUCUCUGGGUGACUACAGGCACAGAAAUGUACAUUCAGGAGCGUUCACUGCUCGGGCUGCGAGGCAAGGUCAGUGCUGUCGAGACUGGAGCUCAGUGAGCAGCACCUCCGGCUGCAGCAAAGCGCAGGCCACGUGGUGCCUCAGUGGCAACAGCAAAGGAGUUUGUGGCCGGGGUUUGUACAAAUCAACGCUAGGCUGAGACCUCGGAGUGCUGGAAAGCUGUCAGCGAUGCCCACCGUGCACAUGGGCCCUCGCAGAGGUGUUUGGCUUCUCAAGAAACAACUGUGGGUUCCAGAGCUGCUCUCCAUACUUGGAGUGAAGGACAGAAGUUGGGCGGUUGUCUGAUCCUGUUACUGCUCCUCUUUCAUUAGAAGCAGCACUCGGUAAGUCACACGCAUCCCCUCACACUCACACACACAGAGCGAGCUUGAUAAUGAACAGCCACUGGGAACAGAGCUCCUGCUGCAUCCUCAUUCUGUGAGCUUACGGAGGGCUGCUCGGAGCAGCCACGUCCCAGCUGGCCCCUGCCUCUUGCCUCGUCUCCAUCCUGCACUUUGUUCCUGAUACCAUCUCUGAACCGAGCACCUGCACGCUGGGAGCUGAGAUCCCAGCUGGGGUUUCUGGCUCUUGAAGAUUCAAGAGACUUCCAAGACCUGCUUGGUUCACUUUCCUCACUGAUUUCCCGCA